AUGCAAAAACAGAGGAUACUGCCGGAGACACGCUAUCGCCGCUGCUGUACGCUAACAUGCAAGCAUUGUAUUAAAGUUACAUCAGCUGUACUUCUGCCACUACUUCUGGCUAUCUUCACUGUUGUUAUCACAUUAGAACAAAGAACUGAUUCUGAACAGCAACGUUCAGAAGAUCGCGAACUAGCCCGUGAGCAACGCCAACAAGAUUUAAAUAUGUCAAUUUUGACACGUGAAAAUGAUCGUGAAAUCGCAAGACUUCAACGUGAAGUUGAUGAAACAAAACGGAAACAGGACUUAAUGAUUGCCAAUGAAAAACAGGCAGCCGACAGCUUGAAUGCCGAGAAACAAAGAAAUAUGUCGCUCGAGCUUGAUGUGAUUCGUUACAAACAAGAACGAGAACAAUAUUUCGAUGAACUAUUUGUUUCAUAUAUGAAUGACAUUGGCCAAUUGUUAGAGAAAUACAACGGGUCUCUUACAUCAAAUCCGGCAUCAACGGCUCUGGCGUCGGCGAAAACUCUCCAAGUUCUCCUUCACAUUGGACCUAUUCGGGCUGCGCAGCUCAUUCGUUUUUUAUACAAAGCAAAUCAAUUGACCAGAGACAAUGCACCAUUAGAUAUGACUGGCGCACUUUUGAAUAACAUUGAUCUCUCCGGUUCGCCAUCGCUGUCUCGUAUUUCCCUUGCCGGAGCUUAUUUAAAUAAUGCUUCAUUCGUUGGCCAAAAUGUGUCUGGUGCUGAUUUUGCUCGUGCUCAACUACAUAAAGCGACAUUUAGUGGAGCAGAUUAUCGCAAUGCGAUAUUCAAUGGAGCAUCAAUGGUUGAUACAAAUUUCACGCAAUCGUAUGGCAUGAAUUCGACAUUUGAACGUGGAAAUAUGUCUUAUAUCGAUAUGUCACAGGCUAUUCUCUCAUUUUCUACAUUUGUUAACGUUUAUAUGUUCAAAGCUAAUCUUAGUCGAUCGGACUGUUCGAAUGUUAGAUUCACUGAUACAACUAUGAUAGAAACCAAUUUUACGGCCUCAAACUUAUCUUCAGCAUCCUUUCAUAGUGUUGAUCUGACACGCGCCGAAUUCCAUAAAGCUAAUGAUAAAAAUAUCAAAGUCAAUGUUUCGUUUUUACAAUCCCGAAUAAACGAAGCUAUCUUUGCUAAUGCUACGUUUACACAGAGUCGAUUUAUCGAAUGUAGCCUAGUCGGCGUUAAUUUUCAACAAGCAAUUCUUGAUCGAACUAAUUUCGAUUAUUCUGACAUUCAAAGUGCCGAUUUUUCAGGUGCCACCCUAUCUGGGUCCCAAGUGAAAAGAAGCUCAUUGAUAUUUGCCACAUUUACAGGCGCUAAGCUAUACUACGUCACUUUCUCUCAAACAGACUUAUCGCAUGCAAAUCUAUCGGGGAGUCGUUGCAACGAUAGGCUUGGAGCACGGUGCGAUAAUGGCUGUGAUUGGGAAGAUGUUCUAUCCACAUACAAGACUAUUCAAUGUAAUGGAAGCAUGAGUGAAGAAGAGUUUCGGUUUGUGCGACAUGUUGAUCCUAUGAAAUGUAAUCAAUCUCUUGUCAAAAAUAAUUGGGCAGUUCUCGUUGGUUCAUUCGUUUACAAACCAUACAACUCAAAUGGUGUCUCGAUGUGUGUCCUUGUUGCUUCUCCAGAUUUUUCUGUUUCGUAUCUGAUCGCAUCGGUGAAUAUAUCAGUCUCUCAAUCGCAACGAAACUUUGUGAAAACGGGCGAUGCGGUUCUUGUUGUUCGAACCCGAAUGUCUCCCGGACUGGCGGUGUCGAUAAAUGUAACUGAUACACUUAACUUUCAUCCAAUUAAAUAUUCAACAGAUUUUGCACUUGCAAAAUCGAAGAGAUUGUACCGGAAUGCGGCAUACGUACAACUAUUAAUUAAGUACUUGCCUAUUCCUUCUCAGUCAAGUUCGUUGUGGUUGGAUUAUAUUGAGAUAGGUGUUGCUCCACGACCACCGGAAACUUUAAAUGACUUUUCCAGCCUCAAAAUUUGA